AGACCCCCCUGGGUGCGUGUUAUGGCUCAGGACGAGAACCAGCAACAGCACGUGUACCUGUUCAAGGCAGCAGCAGCGCGCUCGGUGCUUCGAGUAUUAGACCACUGCCAUGGCAGGCUGCUGCUGGACGUGCAGUCAACCCCCUCUACUCCCCCCCACCGCCGUCAGCAGCAGCAGCGUCUGAAACGACAGCAACAGCUAGGCGAACAGCAGCAGCAGCUGCGGCAGCUUGAGGCUGUGGGAGGAACCAGUAGCGUGCGAAGAACCGUCUUCCCCAGGAUGGACAGCAAUCGCUACUUUGCGGCUUACCAUGAGGCGGGGCAUGCUCUUGUGGGGGCGCUGAGCCCGCUUGCUCGGGUGGAGGGGGUGUACUUGGAGGACGAGGACCAAUCAGCAGUACCGGGAGGGCCCUACCGGCCAAUCAAGUACGCGGGAGGGACGGACAUCGUGUGGCGGGGGGAGAUUGAGCCAAUGCCGUUGCGACAAGUGGUGGUUCACGCCAUGGCUGUGUGGCUAGCUGGCAUGGCAGCAGAGGAGCUAAUGUUUGGCCGAGUUGACUACUUCACUCGAUCCGACGGCUGGUACUCAUUCUCAGAUGAUCUUGCAAAUGCUGCUGCGCUCGCCACGGCCUUUGCGCUCAUCUGCCGGGCUCCAGAGGUGUGGGGCGCUGCACCCACAGCACCACAGGGGGAGGCGACACAGGCAGAGGCACCACAGGAGGGAGAGGAUCAAGCAAGCAGUCAAUCUGAAACCGAGUUCCAGCAACAACAACAGCAACAGCAUCAAGAACAGCUGCUGCAGCUGCUGCUGCAGAGUGCCAUCCACACGCCGCGCAUCACAGGCUGGCGUGUGCCCUCCUCUGCUGCCUUCCCUGACCUCUUUGGUGCCGGGCCGGAGGACCUUAGAGCGUGGCCUGAACGCCUGGAGAUGAGGGGUGGGGCUGAGGGCCUGGGGGGAGGGAUGGAGGAUGGAGCAGCAGCAGCAGCAGGAGAAGCGGCUCGAGCAGGGGAAGUGGCAGGAAAAGCAGCAGCAGUGAGGAGGGUUGGGAGAGGCCUGGAGAUGGCAGGAGUGGGGGCGCACGAGCAGAGGGUACUGCAGGUGGUGCAGGAGGCAAUGGCCCUGGCGUCCUCUACUCUCCGGCAGCAUGAGAGUGCUCUGCACGCCCUUGCAUGGCGCCUUGUGGAUGCUGGGGAGGCGAGUGAAAGUGAGAUUACUGCUGCUGCUGCUGCUGCUGCUGCUGCUGCUGCUGCUGCUGCUGCUGCUGCUGCUGCUGGUGGUGGUGUUGCUGGUGCCAGUGUGAACACACAACACAAGGCUGUACAUUCAGCUGCUGCAGGGUGA